ACUAAAGAAAGUGGAACAUGGUUUUGGAACAUUUGGAUCCGGUAUUUCCAUCUGAAGCUUAUCUUUCUCAGGAUGGGGAUAAUGUUCGCAUAGAUACAGGGGAAUCACGCUUGGCCCAGCUUGGAUACUACCAGGAGCUUGACCGCAGUCUUUCGGUGAUAUCCAACUUUGCAUUAUGUUUCGUGACAGUAUCAGUGCUUCAAGGGAUCACUACCCUUUACAGUCAGGGUCUGCAAUACGGUGGUCCAAUCAGCAUGAUAUAUGGUUGGCUCAUAGCAAGUUUCUUCACAAUGUUUGUUGGUUUAAGCAUGGCUGAGAUUUGCUCAUCUUACCCUACAUCUGGUGGUCUUUACUACUGGAGUGCCAAGCUCGCCGGCCCUAGCUGGGCGCCCUUUGCUUCUUGGUUGACUUGCUGGUUUAACAUGGUUGGCCAGUGGGCCAAUACAACAAGCGUGGAUUUCUCUCUGGCUCAAAUGGUUCAAGUAAUAAUUCUCCUUAGCACAGGUGGAAAAAAUGGUGGUGGGUAUUUAGCUUCUAAGUACGUAUUAAUUUGUAUAUAUGGAGGAAUUUUGUUCAUCCAUGGGGUCUUAAACAUUCUCCCCAUCAAAUUCAUAUCAAUUUUGGGGAAUGUGGCAGCUGCUUGGAAUAUCAUUGGUGUUUUUCUUCUUAUGGUUCUCAUUCCAUUUGUUGCUCCAAAACGGGCUAGUGUCGAAUAUAUCUCAACUCACUUCAACACUGAUACUGCGGUUGGAAUUCAGAGCAAACCGUACAUAUUUGUUCUCGGGCUACUGAUGAGCAGUUAUACCCUUGCUGGCUAUGAUGCAUCUGUUCACUUGGUAGAGGAAACAAAGAGUGCAGACAGAAAUGGACCAAAAGGCAUAAUUAGUGCAAUUGUAGUAUCUUUCAUUGUCGGAUGGGGCUAUCUACUUGGUAUCACUUUCGCAGUCACCGACAUUCCACACCUUGUGAACCCCAACAAUGAUGCCGGUGGUUAUGCAGCUGCACAAUUGUUUUACGAAGCUUUUAAAAGUAGAUAUGGAAGUGGAGUUGGUGGUAUCAUUUGUUUUGGAGUUGCUGCUGUCGCAAUAUUUUUCUGUGGUAUGGGUACAAUCACUAACAACUCAAGAAUGGUAUAUGCAUUCUCAAGAGAUGGAGCAAUGCCUUAUUCAUCCGUCUGGCAUAAAUUGAAUAAAAAUGAAGUUCCUAUUAAUGCAGUUUGGCUCUCUGUUGCAAUAUCAUUUGUCAUGGCAUUAACUUCACUGCUGAGCUUGGUGGCAUUUCAGUCUAUGGUGUCAAUAGCAACAGUUGGAAUCAACAUAUCGUAUGUAAUUCCCAUCUUCUAUAGGAUUACCCUGGGAAACAAAACAUUCACUCGAGGACCCUUUAACUUGGGACGUUAUGGGAUGGUUGUAGGCUGGAUCGCGGUUAUGUGGGUUGCUGCAAUGACUGUUCUGUUCUCGUUACCAGUUGCAUAUCCUAUUACAAGAGAUACAUUCAACUACACUCCUGCUGCAAUUGGUGGUUUGCUCAUCUUAGUAGUUUCUUGGUGGGUGUUAGAUGCUCGGCAUUGGUUCAAAGGUCCAAUCACCAACAUAGACACUACUAUGAGAACCAACUGAGAUCGUCUGUGCUCCAUGUAUCAAUGUGCAAUUCUCCAGUCAGUAAUUGAAUAAAAAAUUUGAUGGC